CAAAAUUGAUGUUAAGAAUAAAAGAGGAAACAUUUUACUUCUGUUAAAAAAAUUUUUUUUACUGAAAUAUACGAUUCAGUAUAAAAAUAAAAAAAUAAAAAGUUGGUAGUAUAUCAGUAAAAUAAAACGGCUGAAUAAAGAUCAGAUUUCAAUAAAAGAUAUUUAUAACUCAAUUUCUAAAAGUAUAUGAACAGAGAUCCAAGAUAAACAUUGUCUGAAUUUUUUAUUUGUGUCACGACUAUAAAUACGACGAAUAUGUCACGAAUAAAGAUGAUUUUCGAUUCGUUUAUUGAAUCACGUUUCAAAAUUAGGUUUAGUUAAAUAAACUUCAACAGAAACGAAAUUAUAAAUAUGAGCAUUAAAUAAAUAAUCGUUGCCACAUAUGUUAUCGGGUUUCGGUAUAACGAAACAAAAGCCACGCGCUGCGUAUGACGGGUAGGUAAAAUUUAUUUCAACAACGUAUUAAUUAAAGCUUUUUGAAUCGUUCAAUUCAACGUUAUCAAAUCGUAUGGGCAAAAUAUACAGUUGAUGUAACGAGGAUAUCUUUUGAAAACGAUGAAUAAACGCAAUCAAGAUAAGGAAAGCGAUAUGGUAAAUAUGUAACAUUGGUUAAAAAAAUUGCAAGCUAUAUUAAAACGUCAAUUUAAAAAAAAAACAUGAAUUGAUUUAAAUGUCAAUCUAUAUAAAAAUAUUAUGCACCAACAUCAUUUUAUUUUUCGAUAUGUAGAAUGAAGAGGAUAAGAGGUUACAAGAAGAAUUGCUACAAGCGGUCGACGUAUUAAAAGUAAAUAAAUUUUGACAAUUCUCUGCUACAUAUUGUACUUAGAAAAAAAAAGGAGUAAAACGAGCCAUUGAGAAACGGGUUUUAAAUUUAUUUUUUAUUUUUUAAUGAUCAAAAGAACCUGUUAUCUUCCUCAGAAAGGAAUUGGAUUUCCUAGUCUAAGCUACAUGUAAUUUUGUCGUCAGGGUAAAGAUGAGACAGCUAUGUUGCUGUCGUUGAACCAUCUAAGAAUGCUGAUACGUACGUCUACAACUUCGAUGACUUCCGUUCCGAAACCUCUCAAAUACUUAAGGAAUUUUUAUCCGAGCUUGCGGAGCGCGUAUGGAGGGCUCAAGCGGGAAGAGGCAAAGAUACGUUUUGCAGAAAUCUUGAGUGUACUCGCGCUCGCUGGAGCUACUCCAGGAUCCAAGGACUGUCUGGAUUUUUGCAUCAAAGGAGCUGUGGAUAAUCCCGGGGAAUGGGGCCAUGAAUACGUGAGGCAACUCGAGAUAGAGAUCGUCGACGAAUGGGCGAACGCGCCGAUCAAGGAGGAGCGUGAGAUCAAAAAGCGCCUUACACCGUUGAUCAAAAGCAUUCUUGCAUUCGACACGAGACACAAUGCGGAAAUACAAGCGUGCGAUUUAUGUUUGGAAAUUGACGAACUGAAUUUCCUCGCGGAAUACCUGGAGCCCUCGAACUUUGCACGAGUGUGCCAUUAUUUAAUAAGUUGUGCGGCCUACAGUGAGGAUAUUGAGAGAAGACAAAUAUUAGAAUUUGCUACGGAGCAAUAUCUAAAGUUUAACGAGCACACAAGGGCGAUUUUGGUAGCACUGCAACUUGCAAAUUCAGAACUUGUUUUCAAGUGCUUCGCUGCUUGCCCGGACUCUUUGACGAGAAAUCAACUGGCCUUUAUUCUCGCCCGUCUGCAAGAUCAACCUCUGAGAAUGGAGUAUAAUGGAGACGACGCCAAGGAUAUCGAGGCAAUCCUCAGCAAUGGCCAUGUGAAUACCCACUUUCAAAUUCUUGCUAGAGAACUUGAUAUACUUGAGCCAAAGCUUCCAGAAGAUAUUUACAAAAGCUGGCUCGUGAGCGGAUUCAGGCAAAUGGAGCAUGAUUCAGCUAGGGCGAAUUUAGCGGCGAGCUUCGUUUCUGGUUUCGUACAUGCAGGUUUCGGUCAAGAUAAACUAAUGGCAAACACAUCCGACUGUUGGGUGUAUAAAAACAAGGAACACGGAAUGUUAUCGGCUACAGCUUCUCUGGGCCUGAUACAUAUGUGGGACGUCGAUGGUGGAUUAAUUCCAAUCGACAAAUACCUUUACACGAACGAAGACUAUGUGAAAUCUGGCGCCUUGCUAGCGAUCGGACUGGUGAAUUGCGGAGUUCGUAAUGAAUGCGAUCCGGCUUUAGCGCUUCUCAGCGAGUAUGUCAAGUCGAACAGCCAGAUCCUUCGCAUUGGAGCCAUCAUGGGAUUAGGUCUGGCUUAUGCUGGUUCUAGGAGAAAGGACGUCACCGAACUUCUCUCUAGAGCUUUAGCUGAUGAGCAGAAUAAUAUUCAAGUGUUAUCGCUGAUUGCCAUCUCCCUAGGCCUUGUGAAUGUAGGCUCGGGAGACUCUGACGUAUCUUCAGCUAUCCUGUUGAAAUUAUUGGGACUAUCUAUGAAGGAUCUCGUAAUCACGCAUUCUAGAUUUUUGGCAUUAGCCCUGGGAAUGAUUUUUAUGGGAACCCGGGAUGCCAUAGAAACGUUAUCUGCGGCGCUCGAAGCUUUGCCGGAACCAUACAACUUUGCUUCGCAAACUAUGUUACAAAUUUGCGCGUACGCGGGUACCGGUGACGUAUUGAUAGUACAAGAAUUAUUAAGGAUUUGCUCGGAAGCAAUCGAGGAAAUAACAAGUACAAAAACAACACCUCAGAAUACCCCGGUAUCAAGCUGCUGUGAUCAAAGACCACAGAACACAGCCAAAUUGGAAAGGAAUAAAAAGAAUGAUAACCAAACUGAAGAGUCUGCUAAAGAUAUUGGAACCGCGCAAGCUAUAGCAUCUCUCGGAGUAGGUGUAGUUGGGCUUGGAGAGGGAAAGGAAAACUCGAGAAUCUUUGGGCAGGUCGGAAGAUACGGUCCAACGCCAGCGCGACGUGCUAUGCCCCUCGCGUUGGCCUUAUCCUCUCUGUCGAACGCCGAUUCAGCGAUCUUGGACGUAUUGAACAAGUACAGCCAUGAUCACGAUGCCGAUGUUGCUCUGAAUGCGAUUUUCGCCCUCGGCCUGGUAGGCGCCGGAACCAACAAUGCACGACUGGCAACAAUGUUGAGACAACUGGCGGCUUAUUACGCGAAAAAUCCGUCUCACCUGUUCCUCGUGCGCAUCUCUCAAGGUUUAGUGCACCUGGGCAAGGGCACUUUAUCUUUAUCGCCUUUGCGGUAUGCUUCAAAAGUUUUAGACUACACCGCCCUGGCUGGUCUAAUGGUUGUCCUUGUUGCGUGUUUAGAUUGCAGAAAUCUUAUAUUAUCUCAGUCUCACUAUUUAAUAUACUGCUUAGCGAUUGCGAUGGAGCCAAGAUGGUUGGUCACCGUGGAUGAAAAUCUUAAAAACUUGCCAGUCUCGGUGAGAAUUGGUCAAGGUGUAGACAUUGUAGGGAAAGCAGGUAAUCCGAAAUCCAUUGUCGGUGGUCACGUUCAAACCACACCAGUGUUACUGUGUGCAGGAGAAAAGGCGGAAUUAGUGUCGGACCAAUAUGAGCCGCUCUCCAGUGUGCUGGAGGGUUUCGUGAUCCUUCGUGAAAAACAGGCUGCAACGAAUUAGGAAGCUUCCAGUUUGAUAUCCUGCAGUGAUUCCUUUCAACAUCAAUCCUUCAAUUUAGAUGGAUUGCCUUUGUCAGAAAACGACAUCAGUGAACACGCAUGAGUAAACAAAAAGUAAAAGAUUUUUGUCUACGUAAAACAGAUCAGAGAACAGAAGUCUUGUGCACAUAGUCUUCAUUGUGGGAUAUAAGCUGCUUGCGAUGAUUAACGCAAUAAUGGCAGUAACGUCAUUAGCUAUUUCGUAUGUUUUGCAUUUAUUUAACUUUAGGGACUAGCGGAAGCAAUGUGCUUUAUACAACAGAAACAUACAUUGAUUUGCAUUGCACAGUGGGAACAAUAACGUUGCGCCAUGAUCAAGAGUGCCGGUCGUAUACAAAAUCAAUAGAACCCAACGUGAGAUUUAUUUAUAAGGACAAAACAAAAGGAAAUUACAUGAAUGCGUUUUACGCAAGUAAGAUAUCCGUAAGAAAAAAAGAAAGGGAAAGAAAUGUUAUAGCGGUGUUAACCUUAAACGACACACCGAAAUAACAAAAUAAUCGGUUAGGUUAGCGAUCAUGGAACACGUCGGACUUUUUCCUUGACGAAGCUGUUACCCAGAGCAACACAAAGGUUCCAAAGACGCUUGAAAGAUCGCUUCAAAAGUAUCUAGGACGUGUUGUCUCGGUAGGAAUUGUAAGUCUUAAGCGUUCUACCAUAACGUAAAGAUAGUCGUAAGUUGUUAUAAGACACAGUUGUAUAUUCAUUUCUACCAAUACAGAUUAGCUGGAAAGUAGCGCAUGGUACAAAUUCGUCAAACCAAAAAAAAUUCGUUAAAUUAUUGACACUGUGAAUAAAAAAAAA